GGCCCAUAUGCUUCAGAGAUGAGCCCCGUACUGUAACCGAAGCGGCGACUAUACAGCGUGGAAGCGAUGAGAUUGGGGGAAAUCGAAUUACAACAUUUAGGGUUCAUCAAUCAUUUGGCGAUCAAUCAGCGAAGGUUGCGAUCCUUUCUUUCUAAUUUCACCAUGGCGGAUGUAGAAGUUGUUGAUCCUAAAAAGUGUCUCGAGGAAUCUUGUAAACCAAAAUGUGUGAAGCCACUACUUGAAUAUCAGGCGUGUGUUAAGAGGGUCCAAGGUGAUGAGUCUGGACACAAACAUUGCACUGGGCAGUAUUUUGACUACUGGCAAUGUGUUGACAAAUGUGUCGGACCUAAGCUGUUUGCGGAACUAAAAUGAUGAAGAGAAGUUGGAGUAUUGAGUCUUGUGUUUUGUAUUUUUUUUUCUUUCUCAAGGGUUUAUAUAAAAUGCACUGGAUACUGAACAUUACUGCAAACCAGAUUGCAACUGGUUCCUUCUUGGUUUUGUUUCUAUAUCAAAGCUGCAAGUCCUUUAUUGUUUGUGUGGUGGGAGGAAACCUUUAUUGAGUUUGGGACACUUGAUUAACGCCUAAUAAAUGAAAAGAAGAAUGCGAUUAUAUAUU